AGCAACAACAACAACAACAACAACGAAGGCAUUAACAUUAACAUUACCCAUAAGAAUAACAAGGCAUUGCUGGUAAUUAAUUUGCCUGUAGUUCGUAGCGAGUUUAAAUUGUAAGAAACAAACCACCAGCGAUUUAUCUAAAUAAGUCAACGUGUCAUUAAAUAGCUAAACAAAACAGAAAACAACAACAACAAAAAUAUCGAAUAAAAUUGAACAAAAUUGAACAAAAACAAAUAUAUCUUAAACUUUAACGUUACGUUGAUUAACGUUUUAGUUUAUCUGGCAAAUGAAUUAUUUGAUUGAUUUGUACUCUUUCACAUUUCCUUAAGUCAUUUGUGUGCAAGACUCGAAUUAUAUGAUGCUCGAUAGCAGUGUCAGCAAUAUUGUCAGAUAUAUUAAGAAAGAAGAAAAAACAAACAAAAAGGAAAAGAAAAACAAUAACACCACCAUCAUCAUCAUCAUCAAUAUCAACAACAUCAACAACAGCAGCAACAAUCCCUUAUAUCUUCAGCAAAUAUCUAUAGCUUACGUCGUCUGUUAAUACGAAUGAAACUUGAAUAGGAAAAAAAGUGCGUGAUUUAGUUAAAACAUUUGUCGAGUUCACGUCAUUUGCUUACAUAUAUCGCUAAGGAAGUGUAACACGUGUGUGCAUUUAAAUCUGUCAUAAACAAUCAAUUUAUAAUAUUUCAAUGUGUUUUUUGACAUUCUCACAAUAACAAUGAAAUGUGUUUAAGGAAAAACAAAGCAGAAAGUAAAUAACUGAUAACUUUGUUUGUUUGUUUCGAAUACACUACGCUCGUUAGUGUCAGUUUUGUUAAAAUUGCAUUUAUCUAAAUGUUAAUAUAUUUAAUAAAGAGAAAUUAAAAUCACUGCCAAUAAGUACUACAAAUAAUAUUACCGCUAUUACUGGAAGCAUUACAACUACUCUUAGCGCAAGAAGAACUAACUACUGCUACUACUACUACUGCUGCUGCUGCUGCUGCUGCUGCUGAUACUGCUGAUACUGAUACUACUACUGCCACUACUUCGUAGACGAACAAAUCUGCCUCUUAACAAUUGUAUGAAACGCCAACAAAAUCACCCGAGCAAAAUGUUAUCCUCUAUUAUCCGUCGAACGAAUGAUUCAUUAGCUAAUGUAAAAUUUUCAACGACAACCGGCAACGUCGCCACUUCAAUGAUUACUGUUGAAGCAUCCUCCUCUUCACGCCGACGAUCGCGGCCAUCAUCUUCAUGUGCUGCUGCUGCCCCCUUAACUUGUUAUAAAUUAAAUGGCAUUUGUACAAAUUUUACUACGAAUCGCAAUCUACUUAUUGUUGGAUUAAUAUUCAUUAUAGUCAUUUGUAAUGAUAUCGCUGACGGUGCUUUACGGAAUGUCAAUUUAAUCAUUGAACCACCUGCUGUACGACGUGGCCAACAUGCGAUAUUACGUUGCAUGUAUGAUUUAGAGGGGGCUCCGCUCUAUUCGGCAAAAUUUUAUCGCGGUCAAUUGGAGUUCUAUCGUUAUACACCUGGAGAAUUUCCUAAUACGAAAGUUUUCCCCUUUCCUGGCAUACAUGUUGAUGUAACCAGCUCGAAUGCAACGCAAGUGUUAAUACGCAAUGUGGGUUUUGGUUUGUCUGGUAACUUUUCGUGUGAAGUAACAGCAGAUGCUCCAUUAUUCUCGACAGCCACUGCCAUCGGUACCAUGCAGGUUGUGGAACUACCCGACAAACGUCCUCAACUUUUCACGGAACAUACGCGUUAUGAACCUGGUGAUGUGCUAAGAGCCAAUUGCAGUACACCACCAUCCCGUCCGCGAGCUGAACUUAAAUUUACCAUUAAUAAUAUGGUGAUUAAUAAUGCAGAAACGCAAUAUAUACGAACUAUUGACAAUUUGAUAGCAUCGCGUAUUAGUUUAAAAUUACAACUACAAGGUAUACACUUUAGUAGUGCUAAUCCAUCUAUAUAUGGACAACAUAACGUUUAUACGGCUCAUGGCAUGAAUUCAGUGCAUAAUCAUGGCGGCAGUGGUGGCGGCCUAUUGUUACGCUGUACCGCUACAAUUGGUGAAUUGUAUCAAGAAUACAAAGAAAUCGAGCUCGGUACACCGCAGAAAGAUCCAAUACCGGCUAGAGUUACUCUCUCAUCAGGUUCCAGUGUAAAGAAUUUCUUUAGUUCUUAUUUUUCUUCGGGCGCAACCAUGCCAUCAUUGAUGAAUGUUUAUAAACUUUUAUUAUUUACCUGUUUAAUGCAUUUUAGCCUGAUCGGGACGUUAAUAAUCGAUGCAAAGUCAAUAAAUAAACUAUGGCAACACGUACAAAGAAGGUACAAAUACAAACAACAACAACAAGAACAAGAACAACAUUCCUGCUGUCAGGCAACGCAACAAUUGCCACGGCAAAGAUAACUUUUUUAAAAAGGAAAUUUUUAUUUUACUUUAAUAAACCUAAUUUUAUAGAUUCAUAAUAAUAUAAAAAAUAAUCUUAGUUUUCUUUGAUGUGUUAUAUUAAUAACUAAAUGUAUCUGUGUUUGUUUUAUCGAUGUAGUUACCAUCCACAUAUGCGCGCGUCUAUGUGUAUGUGUGUGUGUGUGUGUGUGUGUGUGUUUGGAUAUGUUUUUAAGUGUAUAUGUAUGUUAUUAUA